GUGUUCUGCCAUCUCUAUAUAGGGAGUUCGGCCUGGUGCCCAGAGCUGUCCUGUGGCUCAUCCAGCUCAGCAUGGCUCGGGCACUGGAAGCACUGGUUGCCCUGGGAUGGUUGGGCCUGUGCUGCUCCCUGGCUAUUGCCUACCCUCUUGCUCCGGCUAGUGACUCUGGAAACAGAACUGAAGGUGGGAGUGGGACCAAGCUGGUCCCAGACUUGACUGAACUCUGCUUGGAUGGCUGGAGCUUUGAUGCUACCACCCUGGAUGAACAUGGGGCCAUGCUGUUUUUUAAAGGGGAGUUUGUGUGGAAGAGUCACCGAUGGAGCCGGGAGUUGAUCUCAGAGAGGUGGACGGAUGUCCCCAUCCCUGUGGAUGCUGCGUUCCGCCUUGGUCGCGACAGUGUCUUCCUGAUCAAGGGGGACAAAGUCUGGUUCCACUCUUCUGAGAAGAAGGAGAAAGAAUAUCCAAAGUUGCUCCAAGAUGAGUUUCCUGGAAUCCCAUCCCCACUGGAUGCAGCUGUGGAAUGUCACCGUGGAGAAUGCCAAGAUGAGGGCAUCCUCUUCUUCCAAGGUAACCACACGUGGUUCUGGGACUUGGCUACAAAAACCAAAAAGGAGCGGUCCUGGCCGAAUGUUGGGAACUGCUCCUCUGCCAUGCGAUGGCUCAGCCGCUACUACUGCUUCCGAGGUAACCAAUUCCUGCGCUUCGACCCCAUCACGGGAUUCGUGCUUCCAAAGUACCCUCUGGAUGUCCGAGACUACUUCAUACCCUGCCCUGGCAGAGGCCAUGGACACAGGAAUGGGACCAGCCGUGGGAAUGGGACCCACCAUGGCCGUGAGGAUAUGCGCUGUAACCCAGAACUAGUUUUGUCUGCGCUGUUGGCUGAUAAUCAUGGUGCCAUUUAUGCCUUCAGCGGGUCCCACUACUGGCGUCUGGACACCAGCCGGGAUGGGUGGCAUAGCUGGCCCAUUGAACAUCAGUGGCCUCAGGGUCCUUCGACAGUGGAUGCUGCCUUUUCCUGGGACAAUAAACUCUAUCUGAUCCAGGGCACUCAGGUAUAUAUAUUCCUAACAAAGGGAGGCUAUACUUUAGUGGAUAAUUAUCCGAAGCGGCUGGAGAAGGAACUCGGGAACCCUCACGGGAUCAGCCUUGAGACUGUGGAUGCAGCCUUUACUUGUCCCGGGUCUUCUCGGCUCUACAUCAUGGCAGGACGGCGGUUGUGGUGGCUGGACCUGAAUUUAGGAGCUCAAGCCACGUGGAUGGAGCUCCCUUGGCCCCAUGAGAAGGUGGAUGCAGCCCUGUGUGUGGACAAGUCCCUCGGCCCCAACUCAUGCUCUGUCAAUGGUCUCGGCUUGUACCUCAUCCAUGGCCCCAAUCUGUACUGCUACAGUGAUGUGGACAAACUGAAUGCGGCCAAGACCCUUCCCGAGCCCCAAAAAGUGUACAGCCUCCUGGGCUGCCAUCACUGAGGGGGCUCCUGGAGGGAGUCUGGCCCAGCCCCUUCUCUUCAUUUUCCUUAAAAUAAAGCCAGAGUGCUUCCUCACUUGAA